CGUAGUUAGCAUAGGCGUGUUUGUUACUUGCUUGAUGCGUUACAAUACUGCACAUUGCAUUUUGGCGGGUAGAAAGUGUAGCAAGGCGAAGGGAGUGCCCAGGAGUGAGUGUCUCUUGCGAGAUAGUUGAAUUUCUCUUAUAUCGAAGAUGUUCUACUCUCAUCAGCUUCUUGCUCGGAAGGCUCCUCUGGGCCAAAUAUGGAUGGCUGCCACUAUGCACGCAAAGAUAAACCGAAGAAAGCUGGACAAGCUUAACAUCAUUAAGAUCUGCGAAGAGAUUCUGAACCCAUCUGUUCCAAUGGCUCUUAGACUUUCUGGAAUUCUCAUGGGAGGAGUGGUGAUUGUGUAUGAGAGAAAAGUGAAGCUCCUUUAUGAUGACGUGACCCGUUUUCUGGUUGAGAUAAACGAAGCAUGGAAGGUUAAGACUGUCCCUGAUCCUACAUUGCUCCCCAAGGCAAAAUCCAAGGCCAAGAAAGAGGCUGUUACUCUGCCAGGGAUCCGUGAGAUGAACGUAGCAGAUAUUGAACAGUCCCUUCAGUUUUCCAACACAGGCACCACAACUGGAUUCCAACAUAACGCCUAUUUCACUAUGCGACUUGAUAACGUGGAUGAAACUUUCAUUAGUAGUGGAGCAAGAGAGGAACAAGAUCCAUCUGAAUUUCUCCAUCAAGCUGACGUAGAGAAUAUUACCUUAUUUGAACGCUUUGAAACAUUCCAAGCUAAUGCGGAUCCAUACAAUCGCUUUGAGAGGUUUGAUAUUGAAGGAGAUGAGGAAACACAGGUAAAUGUAGCUUCAGGAGAUCAAAUUCCAACUACGCUUAUACCCUCCCCACCUCAUCAAGAUGAGCCCACCAGAGCUGAUAUGUUUGAAGAGCUUCAUCCUGAACAACAGGACAUUCAGCAACCUAAUGAAGCCAUGACACCCAGACAGGAACCUAGAAGGCGGGGACCGAAUAAAAGGAAAAGAGGAAAUCGAUUGGAUAUCGAAAUGGAUUAUGAGCAAACCAUUAUUCCUGUUCACAUAUAUCAACACUGGCUUCAGAACGCUUCUGAUAUUGUCUCGCGAAGGGGAAGAAAGAAACAGCAAACUAAUGUUUUGUCUUCAACAAAGAUAGCCAACCUCAUGAAGCUGCCACCUGUUGCGCUCAGUGGUGAUUUAUUUACAGCUGAAAAUAACGAUAUAUAUUAUCCAGCACCUAUUCUUGACUUAUGGAUUAAGAGCAUUCAACCACCCCACGAUUCACCUUCAGAAAGGAUUUCAGCUCACCAUCCUCCGGAACCAUCAUUUUCAUCCCCUCCAGGAGUACACAGUGGAGAUUUCAUGCAAUUUCCUUCUGAAGAUUUUGACAGUAGGCCAGACUACCAGGCACCUCCAGUAGAGAAGCAGAGGAAAAAUGUCCUCAUGGAUGAACUGACGGCUAGCCUUUUGGGAGGGCAUGAAUCUACUCCUCAUGUCUCAUCUGUGAAAGCCGGAGACAGUGCGCAUUCCUUUCCAAGACCAGCGUCUGAACAUGGUCCUGCCUCACAUUCAGACUUCGAUUCGGGGAGAUUCAAAAAUAAAAGGUAUUCUUCAUCAGCCAAGAGCAGUGGAGGCCUUGAACCACUAGUGGAAGACGUAAAUUUCAAGUUAGCUAGGCUGUAUGAAGAUGGUCCCACACCUGAUCAAGAACUCCUCGUGGAAACAGGACCCACUCAAACUCAAGUAAACAUCAAUCAUCCCAGUGACAAGAUAACCGAUUCCAUCCAAGCACAUAUGAAGGCACACUUUGACACUCCUGGAGCUCCUCCCGUCGAAUCCCUCCAUAAUCUAGCUGCUGGAAUGACACGGACAUCAGCAGCACAACUUUUCUAUCAAAUUUGUGUUCUUGCUUCCCGCGAUGCCCUGAAAGUGGAGCAAAAGGUGCCCUAUGGAGAGAUUCUUUUCUCUAGAGGAUUAAAAAUGUGAUGAAGUUUUAGUUCCCCUCAGUUAUCUAUGUUAUUGUAAUUUGCUUCUUCUCCUUUGAAGUCUUAUUACUAAUGCAGCUUGUGCUCUUUAUCAGCAAGCUGUAUCCAAGUUUAAUUUAGUUUGCAAUCAUUAGUUACGACAUUGCUGUUCUUUUGCUAGAAUU